GCUGAUGACGAAAGCGGAAGUUCUGCGGCAGAGGCGGGACGCGAGCCCGGCGCGGGGGCUGGGAUCGCGGAAGCCCGGUGGGGAGGGUCGGGCGCUGUCUGAGUGCCGGGUGGUUUCCGAACAAGUUCCCGAGGGAGGCAGCCGCGAGGUUCCAAGCCGCUGGCCUGCGUGCGUUCGGGCCGCUCCAGGUGUGAGUCGACGUCGCCCUGUUGCCUGCCUCCGCCCCAGGCCUUCCCCGGGGAGCCGCCUCGGGUCUCCACCAUGGCGUCCACCUCGACCAACCUGCAGAAAGCCAUAGAUCUUGCUAGCAAAGCAGCCCAGGAAGAUAAAGCCGGGAACUAUGAGGAAGCCCUUCAGCUCUACCAGCAUGCCGUGCAGUAUUUUCUCCACGUGGUUAAAUAUGAAGCGCAAGGUGAUAAAGCCAAGCAGAGCAUCAGGGCGAAGUGUACGGAGUACCUUGACAGAGCGGAGAAGCUGAAGGAGUACCUGAAGAAGAGAGAGAAGAAGCCCCAGAAGCCGGUGAAGGAGGGGCAGCCGGCCCCCGCCGACGAGAAGGGGAAUGACAGUGAUGGGGAAGGAGAAUCUGAUGAUCCCGAAAAAAAGAAGCUGCAGAAUCAACUUCAAGGUGCCAUUGUCAUAGAGCGGCCCAACGUGAAGUGGAGCGACGUCGCUGGCCUGGAAGGCGCUAAGGAAGCUCUGAAAGAGGCCGUGAUAUUGCCCAUCAAAUUUCCUCAUCUCUUUACAGGCAAGAGAACACCUUGGAGGGGAAUCCUGUUAUUUGGGCCACCUGGAACAGGAAAAUCCUAUUUAGCCAAAGCUGUAGCCACAGAAGCAAAUAACUCAACGUUUUUCUCAAUAUCUUCCUCUGACCUGGUCUCCAAGUGGCUAGGUGAGAGUGAAAAGCUAGUUAAGAACUUAUUCCAACUUGCCAGAGAGAAUAAACCUUCGAUUAUCUUCAUUGAUGAAAUUGAUUCUCUGUGUGGUUCAAGAAGUGAAAAUGAAAGUGAAGCUGCACGAAGAAUCAAGACAGAAUUCCUAGUCCAGAUGCAAGGGGUUGGCGUGGACAAUGAUGGAAUUUUGGUUCUGGGAGCUACAAAUAUACCCUGGGUUCUGGACUCUGCCAUUAGGCGAAGGUUUGAGAAACGAAUUUACAUCCCUUUGCCUGAGGCCCAUGCCCGAGCAGCAAUGUUCAGACUGCACUUGGGGACCACUCAGAACAGUCUGACAGAAGCGGACUUCCGGGACCUUGGAAAGAAAACGGAGGGUUAUUCAGGGGCAGACAUAAGUGUCAUUGUGCGGGACGCACUCAUGCAGCCAGUCAGGAAAGUGCAGUCAGCCACUCAUUUUAAAAAGGUUCGUGGACCUUCGAGAGCUGAUCCGAGCAACACAGUAGAUGACCUGCUCACGCCCUGCUCUCCUGGCGACCCUGGUGCCAUUGAGAUGACGUGGAUGGACGUCCCCGGGGAUAAGCUUUUGGAGCCAGUUGUUUGCAUGUCGGACAUGUUACGGUCACUGUCGAGCACGAAGCCCACAGUCAACGAGCACGACCUGUUGAAACUAAAGAAGUUCACAGAGGAUUUUGGCCAAGAAGGCUAGACCGGAGGCAGCGGGACGGCGCUCACCACGCGUGUUCUCUCUUUGACAGGCAGUUUUGCUUUUCCUGGAUGGCAGUCAGAUUGUUUCCGGUAAAACUCUUUUACCACAGAGAAACAGAUCUCACUUCAGCGUUCCUUCAAGUUCAUACGUACUUUUGCUCCAUUACCAAUAAAAUCCUCCUGUUAACAAAAAUUAUAAAAUAACGGGCCAUAGGAAAAUGAGUGAUAAACAGAAACAGGGAAAAAAAGAAAAUGAGUGAUAUAUAAGUGGCAGGAAAAUAGAAAUUACCCAGUGAGAAGAAAAUUAAAAUUGAUUGACAUACAAAUAUUUUAAAUUGUUGGGAAUAGUGGUCUUUGCAAGGAGCAUUCUUUUUUUUUUUCCAACUAAAAUGAAAUGGGGCUUUUUCAUAUUUUGAAAAAAAAAAAUCUUAAGCAUCAUUCUCAUCAAAAUAAAAUUCAUUUGCUUUACUAAAAAAAAUUUUAAAUGCUUUACUCUCAGGGAUGGGCAGUAAGACAGCAGAGAGCACUGUGGUCAGGCUUGGAAGGCCCUGGACUGCGUUGUAGCCAAGGGGCUGGCUCACUUUUGAUAGGGUGGCUUGUUUCUCCAUGUUGAUUUAAAUAGUUUCUAUAAAAGCUGCAAGCUUUUUUAUAUUUAACUAAGUAAUACCUUUCACUGUGCAAUCUUUAGAGAAAGACUCUCUUAAGUUAGGCGUUGUCUUUGUUUUGAAGAAGAAAAUUGUCUCUCUCAGUGUCUUUUUGUAGUAAGAUUGACCAAAACAGGUGGUGAAUAAAUAAUGUACUUUUAAAAUAAUUCUGUCGUGAAAUACUGUAUGGGAACCUUUACCUAAAGGAACACACGGCCUCCCUUUGGAUUAUGGAAAGUUUCUUGUAUGUGAUAUCGGGGUGUGUGUGUGUGUAUAUAUAUAUAAAUUUUUUUAAUAUAGGAUAGCUAGAGUCUUGUCUUUGACCUUGUAAGUUCAGGGAACAGCUUGUCCUGACCACACAUAUGUUAUCAAUGUAAUGUUUCAUGAUGCUUUAGAAAUGAGCUGAUAGUCUCCUUAAAUAAUAAAAUGCAGACAUGAUUUUAUGUCAUUUUAAUGCCCUCCACUAGAUAAUCUGAGGGGGUGUGUUACACACUUCAGCACCAACACUAAGUUGUGCCUUGUCCAUUUGCGUUGGCCUCUCCACGCACAGUCUCCCCAAGCCAGCUAGAAUGCGGCCCUGCCCUCGCUGUGAAGUUCUGCCCCGCAAACGCCGUAGGGUGGCUUGCAUCUUAAAGCCUGUUGCACAUUAUACAUGUUAUGCUCCGUGGUCGCCUUGGGGUUUUCUGUACAGAUUGUUUUUGUUGAUAUUAAAUGGAAAUCACGGGCCCAAAAUACGCUGUUCUUACGUGAAGUAAAUGAUAUAACCUACUGUUGGCUAUAUUCUGUGUAUGCUGCUUUAUUUCGGGAUCUUCUGUGUAGGAGAAAAUAUAUCUAAAUUGAUUAGACACAAGAGAUUAUUAAAGAUUAUUAAUUAAAGAUGUCUCCAUGAAAAUUCUACUUUAGCCGCCUCAGAAUCAUACAGUAUUGCUAUUAAAGUCUUGUCAUUAAGAGAAUUAGUAUAACUGUGUUAUUAUAAACUGUAUAGUAAUUGAACCUAGAAUUCUCUGUGAAUCCAGUCUGUCUGAGGGAGGGUUUCGCCUCAGUCCCCCAAGCAGCGUGCAGGUGCAGCACUAAUGACAAGUGGAGGGCCCACCACUGAAUCCUCCUGUGUGCUCAGCAUCUGUGUCACUUUUAGCCAUUUUCCACAUUUCUGGUUUUGAAACUGUUUCUAGAAUCUUAUUAAUUUUAAACUUACGCUAGAAUGGUGGAGCAUAGACCAUUUCCAUGUGCUCUUUAUGGGCAGAUAACUACUCAGGAGGAAGCUGGAUGUUCAGGCUCUCUCUGCCUGGAUGUUGACCAUUACGAUUUUUGCUGUUGUUGAGUUGCUCAGUCCUGUCCAACUCUUUGCAACCUAUGGAGUGCAGCACACCAGGCUUCCUUGUCCUUCACUAUCUUCCAGAGUUUGCACAAACCCAUGUCCAUUGAGUUGGUGAUGCCAUCCAACCACCUCAUCCCUCUCGUCCCCUUCUCCUCCCACCUCAGUCUUUCCCAGCAUCAGGGUCUUUUCCAGGGAGUCAGUUCUUCUCAUCAGGUGGCCAAGUAUUGGUGCUUUAGCUUCCAUUGAACAUUCAGGGUUGAUUUCCUUAGGGUGGACUGGUUGGAUCUCCUUGCAGUCCAAGGGACUCUCUAGUCUUCUGAGCCAACAAGUAGAGUUGACUCUCCUUUGCAGUAGCAUGGUGCUUGACACUGUUUAUUAUUUCAAGCUUUUACUUAAUAAAGGCUUGGAAAAAUUAAGGGAGUUAUAUCCAUAUUUAUCAACUUCCUAGAUUAUCUUUGAGAGUUUUCAUAAAAGAUAAUUUGAACUUGCUUUGUUCCUGCUGGUCUCCUGCCGUGGUGGUGAAUGUCAGUCUUUGUUCUUGGAGCUGAAAUCAGAGGUGUGCCAGAGCUGGUUGGCUCCUCUUAGCCCCAAGAUCCAGGUUUUCUUCUUCCUGACCGCCUGGGCAGCUUGAAACCUGUCACGGUGGCUGUGAUCUUCACCGCAGAAUCCAGCCAGUUUCCAUUUACAUGGCGUGGCACAAAGCAAGAACCGUAGUUUUAAAUAGAAAAGUUUGUAUUUACUGUGUUUACAGAAAUAAAGGAGAAACGUUAUGUCUCUGAAGAGUCAUAAAAAGCAUUUAAUAAAAUUCCAGCACCAUUUGUGAUUUUUUUUUAACUUUAUAAACUAGGGAUUGAAGAGAACAUCUUAUUUUAAUAAAGAACAUCUACCAAAGAAAGAAAAACUCUAACAAAGACCGUACUUUAUUGUGAAUUAUUGAGAACUUGGCUCCGCAGGCAUCAGGAAGAAGACCAAGGUGCCUGCUGCCACCUCUCCUUUUCAGUUUUGUGCAGGAGAUUCUACAUAGUUGUAGGAAAAUAAAAGUUUAGGGUUAAAAAGGAAGAAACUCAAUUGUCAUUCUCAGGUGGCAUGACUAUAUGUGUAGAAAAUCCAAAGUAACAGAAUCUGAAUUUAACACGAUUAGAAGAUACAGGUUAGUAAGUAACAACUGUAUUUCCAUAUUGUAGCCACGAUUAGAAACGGAAAUGGAAACAAGCCCCGCCCUGCUUUAUUUUUCUAUGUACUUACCGUCGUCUCACAUAGUGUGUAAUAUACUGUUUCUCUUAUUUGUGAUUUCACCUCCUCACGUUUGUUCCAGGAAAGCUGGGGUUUUCUUGUCUCUUUUUCUCCUCUGCUGUCCCUUCAGUAUCUGGAACAGUACUAGUGCCCGAUGGGUGCUCAAUAAAUACUUACUGAGUGAA